ACGAUGAAGAGCAGACCUUCUCCUUCGGGAGCUGGUGGACUGUGACCAUUAUGGCACUCUUGAUCAGCAUUGUGGGGCUUACAGUGAUACUGUGGAUGUUCUUUGAGCCUGUCACAGCUCCUCAGAAGUAUGGUGUGGUAAUGGAUGCAGGAUCAUCACACAGUGAAAUAUUCGUCUUCACAUGGAAAGGUGACAAACCCCUUGGAACUGCAGACAUUAAGCUCAAGGAUAGAUGUUUUGUUGCAGGUGGUGUAAACAGCUUUGCAACCCAUGCAAAUGAUCUGGGUAGAUAUUUAGGAAGGUGUCUUAGAGUGGCUGAAAAUCAAGUGCCAAGUCAUUUGCGGAAGGAAACCCCCUUCUAUGUUGGGGCUACAGCUGGUAUGAGAAUUCUCAGGGAUUUUGAUCCAGAAGGAGCAGUUGCAGUUCUAACAACACUAAGGGACUUCUUGGAGACAAACUCAACAUUUAAAGUACAACACAAGAACAUUGGAAUUAUACCAGGUUAUGAAGAAGGCACUAGUGGUUGGAUAGCAGUUAAUUAUCUUGUUGGGUCCCUGAAACAGGCAGGAGCAUCAACCAAAGCUGCACUUGAUGUGGGUGGAGCUUCAGCUCAGAUAACUUCAGCUUUAAGGGAAAGUGGAAAUUGGACAACCAGGAAUCUUACUCUUUUUAAUCAGACCCACAAUAUCCAAAGUCAGUCUUUCCUCUGCUAUGGAAUUGGACAAGCCCAGCAUCGACACAACUUCCUUCUAUUGACUGAGAGCAAGACCAGUGGAGGGAAUUUGUCCAACCCAGAGAUUCCCGUGGACCCUUGUUUGCCAACAGGAGCUAGUCAUGAAAUAUCUGAAUUAGAUUUGAAUGGUCCUUGCACACUCACUGGGGAUCAAAAACCGGAACUGGCUUCAAUGACAAAAAUAAGCCAGAACAAAAUGAAGAAGAUUUUCAAAAAUUACAUGCGAAAAGGAGAUGAUGAAGAUAUUCGUUCACAUCUAGAAGAAACCUUGAGAUUAGCAUCAGAAGAUUUAGGAAGUGACACGAAGGCAGUAGUAGCACCUCAAAUUAUCAAAGGGUCUAGCAAUGCUAAGAAAUGUGAUCAAAAAGUGGAGCAGCUAUUUGAUCUUCAGUUCUGCAAGAAAACGUUCCGAUAUGGUGACUGCAUGAAUGCAGAGCUGGUUCCUGCUGUGACAGGAGACUUGAUUGCAUUUUCUGGCCUGUUUUACCAUCUGUUGCUGCUGUUACAAGUAAAGUCCGAUGCUAGCUUGGAUGACUACAAGGUUGCUGUUGAUCAUGUGUGCUCACUGAAGUCAGAAGCCUUAUAUGCUGCUUAUCCUGGUGUGGACAAAGAUAUAGUAGAAGACUUGUGCUUUGAUGGCAUGUAUGUGUACAAACUCCUAACAGUUGGCCUGGGUAUUGACAGUUCAUCAUGGAGUAAUAUAGACUUCAGUCAUCAGGUGAAGGGCAUGGAUGUUGAAUGGCCUUUGGGCUUCAUGCUGAACCGGACCACUAGUCUCCCUGCUGCUCACACAGACCGUCCUCUGACUGUUACUACGUUUUCACUGUUGCUUUUCCUCUUCUCAGCAUUCCUCAUCAGCGGCAUGCUCUUCCUACGUCACUCAAUCAAGAUCAGGAGGCACAGUGCCUCUUACCAAAGGGUAAUUGCAGACCAUUUUGAUCAUGAACUCCGUAGGUUUAUAUGAGGAUAGGAAAACUUCUUGCGGCAUUUUUAAGAGAUAAGGGACAUGGACAUUGGUAAAUAUUUGAAGAGAUCAACAGUAAAAGCAUUUUGUUUCCAGAUAAGAUUUUUUGGACGCUAUAGAAACAUUGGAACUAUCCACUCGAGGUUGGGGGGUAAUAUGCCUGUUGUUUAAAAUCUGUUUGUCUUUUAUAUGUGGUAAGUUUUCAUAAAUAUGUUGGAAAACUUUAGCAA